AUGGCUGGCGGCCCAACGCUCGCGAACGAGAUCGCGCGCGCCAUGCGCGAUUCUCCGCUCUACGUCACGAUUCCGGCGGUGAUGAUGACGAUCAUCCUCGCGAUCUUUAUUCUGGAUCAACUCUCGCACGGUCCGUUGAAGGGACGGAGGAGUCCGCCGGUGAUCUCCGUCGCGCCGGUGUGGGGCGGCAUGGUCGCGUUCCUCGCGGGACCGAUGCGGCUGAUGCGAGAGGCGAUGCCCAAGUACGGUGAGGUGUUCACCGUGCCGGUGUUCCACAAGCGGAUCACGUUUUUGAUCGGGCCAAAGGUGAGCGAACACUUUUUUAAGGCGAAGGACACGGAGAUGUCGCAGAAGGAGGUGUACGAGUUCAACGUCCCGACGUUCGGUAAGGGCGUGGUGUUCGAUGUCGAUCACACGACUCGCGCUGAACAGUUUAGGUUCUUCGCGGACAGCUUGAAGAGUAAUCGGUUGCGGAUGUACGUGGGGAUGAUGGUCAAGGAGGCGGAGGAUUUCUUCGCCAAGUGGGGCGACGAGGGCGAGGUGAACCUGUUGGAUGAGCUCUCAGAGCUCAUCGUGCUCACCGCGUCGCGAUGCUUACUCGGACGGGAGAUUCGUGAGACGCUUUACUCUGAGGUCACCGAACUUGUGCACGACUUGGAUAAGGGUAUGGUACCGUUGUCGGUGUUCUUCCCGUACGCCCCGAUCGAGGCGCACCGCAAGCGCGACAAGGCUCGCAAAAAGUUGGCUCAAAUUUUCGACAAGGUCAUUCAGGCUCGACGCGAGAGCGGCGCGAGCGAACCAGAUGUUCUCCAGACGUUCAUCGACGCUCGUUACAAGAAUGGUUCCAAGCUCUCGAACGAUCAAGUCCUCGGCAUGUUGAUUGCGGUGUUAUUCGCGGGUCAGCACACAUCUUCGAUCACGUCCACGUGGACGGGUUUGCUCUCCAUCGCUAACAAGGAGCGCGUCUUCCCGGCCCUGGAAGAAGAGCAGCGCAAAAUUAUCAAGGCGCACGGCAACGAGCUCGACUUUGAUAUAUUAGCGAAGAUGGACGAGCUGCACUUUGCGGUGAAGGAGGCGCUCCGCAUGCAUCCGCCGCUCAUCAUGCUCUUGCGUUACGCCCAGUCGGCGUUCGAAGUGGAGACGACCGAGGGAAAGAAGUACACUGUACCGAAGGGACACAUCGUCGCCACCUCUCCGGCGUUCGCCCACAGACUUGACAGCGUGUAUAGCGAACCGGACACGUACAAGCCCGGACGCUUCCGCGAGCCGAACGCCGAGGACAAGGCGGCGUUCGCCUCCUUCAUCGGCUUCGGCGGCGGUCGUCACGGUUGCAUGGGUGAGACCUUCGCGUACAUGCAAAUCAAGACCAUCUGGUCCAUUCUCAUCAGAAACUUUGAAUUCGACAUGGUGGGCGACCUUCCCGAGCCGGAUUACGAAGGCAUGGUCGUCGGACCCAAGCACGCGGGGUGCCGAAUCAAGUACAAGCGCCGCGCCAAGCCGCUCGGCAAGUGA